GUGUUGACUGAGGAACUUCGCUGUGACGUGGUCAAAUGGGGCUUCCUUUGUCUUUCCUGGCUGCCGAUUCGCUGGUUGUGAUUGACCGAAGGUGGAGGAGCUGAGUGCGCCCAGGUGUGCGUAAAGGAGGAGCUGUGCUUUCCAUGCAGGUGGGGUCUACACAUUCUCACCUCCCCAGUUUCAUUCCUGGUUCGAGUCUGGACCUGAACAUAAUGUAUUCGACCUGACUGCACUUGGUUAAAGUCAUGAGUGGUGUCACAGUUUGGUCCGAGGACAUGGCUGAGGAGGAAGUGCGGCCUUCUCCCCCCUGGUCAGAAGAACGCUGUGAGGAGCUGUGGGACCGUGUGGAAGGGGUGCGGCACAAGCUGACACGUGUCCUCAACCCGGCCAAACUCACGCCGUAUCUGCGUCAGUGCAAGGUCAUUGAUGAGCAGGAUGAAGACGAGGUGCUCAACUCCACGCAGUACCCGCUGCGCAUCAGCAAGGCCGGUCGUUUGUUGGACAUUCUGCGUGGUCAGGGUCAGCGAGGGAUUCAGGCCUUCAUGGAGUCACUGGAGUUUUACCACCCUGAGCAGUACACACAGCUGACCGGAGAACAGCCCACACAUCGAUGCUCCCUCAUACUAGAUGAGGAAGGUCCCGAGGGUUUGACCCAGUUUCUGCUGCUGGAGGUGCAUAAACUAAGGGAGCAGCUCCGAAACACCCGCAUGUGUGAGCGACGCCUGUCUCAGCGCUGCCGAAUGGCGGAGGAGGAUCGCAGCCGCGCUGAACGUAAAGCACAGGAGUUGCGUCACGACGUACUGCAGCUCGAGAGGCUGCGUCAUGACUGGGAGUCAGCCAGCCGAGAGCUGGGGAAGCUGAAGGACCGAAACCUGGAGCAGGCCCUGAAGUACUCCAGGGCCCUGGAGGAGCAAGGCAAAGCCUCCACCCGAGAGAGGGAGCUACUGAGGCAGGUGGAGGAGCUAAAGUUAAGGUUGACAGAUGCAGAGAAGCAAACACUCGGUACACCAGGGGAUUCUACGCCAACAAAAAGGAACAGUUUGCUCUCUAAUAGAGUAAAAGGUUCUCCACCUGGUUUACCAGUGAAGCCAGUGGACCACACUGAGGAACAGAAAGCUGGGAAUACAGAAACUCAGAUGAGGGACUCGGUUCCUGCCACCAGAGCUCUGAUGGACAUCCUGCAGCAGGACCGCAUGGAGGCUGCAGAGCAGAGGAAGGAGCUCUGUGAGAUCAUCACCAGAGUACAGGCAGAGCUACAGAGCACCGAGGAGCACAGGGACAAGCUGGAGUUGCAGUGUGAGCAGCUACAGCUGAAAGUGAGGACUCUGCAGCUGGACUGGGAGACAGAACAGAAGAGGAGUGUGUCCUACUUCAACCAGGUCAUGGAACUGGAGAAGGAGAGAGAACAGGCUCUGCGCAGUCGAGACAGCCUGCAGUUGGAGUACACCGACUGUCUGCUGGAUAAGAACCGUCUGCGUAAACGUAUUGCAGAGCUGCAGGCGAACCUGGAGCAGCAGCAGAGGGAGCUGGAGAGAGAGAGGGAGAAGAGCCAGGAGAAAAUGGAGCAGACCGGCUCCUGUCUGCACUGUUCCCACCUGUCCCUGUGCAGUGAGGACCAGUGCUACGGCCCCUGCUGUUCCCUCGGCCUGGACCUGAGCUGCCAGUCCAGUAGCACUCCUCUGCUGCUGCGAAAGGCGCCCUCUAGAGGUCGAGCCAAUGAAAACUCAGAGGGUUCUUAUUCAAACUCAGAGGAGAAUCUCCUGUCAUCAACAGAAGACAAUGAAAAGGAGAUAAAUCGGCUCUCUACGUUUCCCUUUCCUCCUUGUAUGAAUUCCAUCGAUCGACGUUUCAACACUGAGUUUGACUUGGAUUCCUGGGGCAGCGAUGAGAAUGACAACAUUACAGGUGAGCAGCGUGAACCUUCUUUGUGGGACUCCUGGAACUCCCUACACUCCCACCUCUUCCCCCCUGACUUGGUCAACCUGCCCACCAUCUCAUCACACCAGUCCUGUCCCAGUGUUCCCAGGAUACCCCCCUGCUCCCCAUCUUCGAGCCCCCCCACCCUGCCAAAGCACAAAAGAGCCAGUCUUGCUGAUGACAUCACGAUAGUCGGAGGAAACCGAACAGGAAUCUUUGUCAGCCACGUGAGACCUGGUUCCCCAGCUGAACAGUGUGGACUGAAGGAGGGCAGUGAGCUGCUGGAGCUAGAGAGGGUUCUGUUUGGUGGGGGCAGUGUGCUGCUGGGACAGUGCACUGCUGAGGUAGCCCACUUUUCUCUGCAGUGGUGGACUGAGCCUUCAGCACUCAAACAUCAGAGCAACCCAGAGGCAUACUCAAAGCUCUGCUCCCAGCUCUCCUCACCUACUUUCAUGGGUGCUGACUCCUUCUAUGUGCGUGUCAAUCUCAACAUGGAGCCUCAUGGUAACCCACCUUCUCUAGGUGUGUCCUGUGAUGACAUUAUACAUGUCACAGACACAAGGUACGAUGGGAAAUACCACUGGCACUGUUCCCUUGUGCACCCAUGCACAGCCAAGCCAAAGCAGGCAGGGACCAUGCCCAACUACAACAGGGCACAACAGCUGUUACUUGUAAGGCUGCGGAAAAUGGCCCUGGAGCAAAAGGAUAAGAAGAAGUUCUUGAAGAAAGCAUCAGGCCGCAUACGAUUGGUCAAAGCCGUGGACCCUGGUUUCCGUGGGAGCGGCUCAACACAGCAGGUCCUUUACACACUCGGAAAACGUCACGAGGAGCACUUGAUCCCAUACAGUUUAGUGGAGCCGGUACAGGUUAAGACAAAGCGGCCGGUAAUCUUCUCCCCCUCUCUUCUGUCCCGGGGUCUCAUAGAGAGGCUGCUGCAACCUGCAGAGUCUGGUUUACACUUCAACACCUGCCCACUAGAGCCAAUUCAGGCUUCAGAAAGGCGAGACAAGCAAGUGUUCUUGUUGGAUUCCUGCGGUCCAGAGCAGGCUCUGGGGAUACGGCUGCAGUCCAUACAGGAUGUCAUCGACCAGGACAAGCACUGUCUGCUGGAGCUGGGGCUGCACAGUGUUGAGGGCUUAAUGAAACAGGGCAUUUACCCCAUCGUCAUCCACAUCCGCCCUAAGAACAAGAAGCACAAGAAGCUGAAGAAGCUUUUUCCAUGGUGUGGGGAGGACACCAUAAUGGAGGAGGCGUGCAAGGCAGAGGAGGUGCAGCUGGAGAUGCUUCCCCUGCUUCACAGCACCUUGGAGCCCAGCACCUGGAGCAACACCUACGAGCUGCUGGCAGCCAUACGCAAUGCCAUCUACAGCCAGCAGAUGGCAGUAGCAUGGGUGGAACUGGAUUGGCUGCAGCAAAGCAGAGACACAGAAAUGAAUAUUCACCAAGCACAAAACUAGGUUGUCUUGUCUGUGAAGAGUCAGGUUCCUAUAGAGGAUGAACAUUUAGUGUUAGCUCAUCCUACUAUUCUAAGGAAGUAGGGCAACAUCAACUUUGGAUCUCAGAUGAGGUCAAAUUAGGCCAGUGUACAUUCAUGCAAACAGAAAUUUUAUCAUUCUCAUCUAUAUUGCCAAGAUGGACUAAGUAAAAUGGGAGAAUAGUGAAAAAACGUAAAAGAUUUGAUCCAUACAAGGAUGUCGCAUGUCAACAGGAAUUAUAACUGUUGUGAGUGGACAGUGAAGCUGUGAGGAAGAGGGACCAAAGGCAUAAUUGAAGGAGAGCAUAGCAAGAGAUAUAUUGGACAGCCAGAUCUGCUUAUCCACAUCUUGUAUUUGCAGUAAAUAUUCUGCCCUAACAGUUGUAUAGAGUUUAAACAUAUCAACUUGACAGAGAAAUUUUUUAUUUACACUACAUUGUACUACAGAAGCUUUAGUUCACUGUGACUGUUAAAUCAUUAUUCAUUUGUAACCAUUUUUAAAAAAUAAAUUAAAACAGAAGAAUUGAGGUUUACAUCACUUGUGUGCUCUUAUGUGAGUUGCACUAAUUCUCUUUUAAAAUGAAAUAUAACCACACAUACAUCAGUGUAGUAUAGAGCAAUCCAUUUAAUAGGGGUGGGGGGGUUGUAAUAUU